UUUAAUGCAUUCAUUUAAUAAUGUGUAUAAUCAAUUAUCUGUAGUUUAAACUUCUAUUUAUUUUUCUUUUUUAAAUGUGAAUUGUAUGUGUAAAUAUCUCAUCACUAGAGGACAAACACUCACACUGACUUGAAUGUUGACUCAGUUUAGUGACAAACAUCAGAGGGAUUUGAUCUGUUAUUCUCUUAUUUCACCACAAAUUUCACUCAUAUUUAUGCAUUUAUGGCAGAGCAUUUUCACAAAGAUUUGGCUGCUCGAGACUGUGACUUUCUGUAUGAGACUGACAUCUAGUGGACUUGUUUAUUAUAUGACUGACACGACUGUUUGCACACGUUUCAUAAACACAACCAGGAAAUUCCUGAGUUCAGAGAAACUGAAACUGUUGGGCUGUUGUGUGUUUAGUUUUAUUGUUUGUAAGUAAAUACGGUGAAAUGGCAGAAUCCAGUAUUUCAGUGAUUCAGGAUCAGUUCAUCUGUUCAAUCUGUCUGGAUUUACUGAAGGAUCCAGUGGCCAUUCCCUGUGGACACAGUUACUGUAUGAGCUGUAUUACAAACUGCUGGAAUCAAGAUGAUCAGAAGAGAAACUACAGCUGCCCUCAGUGCAGACAGACCUUCAAUACAAGACCUGAUUUAAAUAAAAACACCAUGCUGGCUGAAGUGGUGGAGAUGCUGAAGAAGACAAAACUACAAGCUGCUCGUCCUGAUCACAGUUAUGCUGAAGCUGGAGAUGUGAAGUGUGACGUCUGUACUGAGAGAAAACACAAAGCAGUCAAGUCCUGUCUGGUGUGUCUGAACUCUUACUGUCAAACUCACUUCGAACGUCAUGAAGAACUUCAGUCAGGAAAGAGACACAAAGUGAUAGACGCCCCUGGACGACUUCAGCAGAUGAUCUGCCCUCAACAUGAGAAACUUUUAGAGAUUUACUGUAAAACUGAUCAGCUCUGUAUAUGUUAUCUGUGUAUGGUGGAUGAACACAAUGAACAUAAAACUGUAUCAGCUGCAGCAGAGAGGACUGAGAAACAGGUAAGAGAUGUGAUCUGUGAAUAAUGUUUCAUUAUA